AUGAUGUCAAGAGCUCAAGUGUUGUCAAACUAUAUACAUAAGUUGCCUGAUCAUCAAGAACCGGAUUGCAAACGAUCAGAUUCAGAUUCAUCAGACCAAGUAGACCAUAAUAAAGUUGACGUCAAAAUAUCCAAAGAUAGUUUUGCACAACAGAAGGCUAUUGAGAAAGCAGAACAAUUAAACCAUAACAAAGAGAAAUCUGAAGAAGAAGAAAAAGAAGAGGAGGACGAAGAGGACGAAGAAGAUUCUCAAGAUGACGGUGAAGAGGAUGAGUAUGACGAUUCUAAAGGAGAAGAAAACACAUCGACUGUCAACUCUAAGAAAGUAAAAACACGUGAAGAAAAAUAUGGUAAUGAAUACGGGUUCACACUGUUGAAAUCGAAUUCUUUGCGGAAUAUCUGA